GAGAAGGUGACUGCAGCAAGAUGGAUGUGGGCAGCAAAGAGGUCUUGAUGGAGAGCCCACCGGACUACUCAGCAGCCCCCAGGGGCCGGUUCGGCAUCCCCUGCUGCCCUGUGCACCUCAAACGCCUUCUCAUCGUGGUCGUGGUGGUGGUCCUUGUCGUCGUGGUGAUUGUAGGGGCCCUGCUUAUGGGUCUUCACAUGAGCCAGAAACAUACUGAGAUGGUCCUAGAAAUGAGCAUUGCGGGGCCAGAAGCCCAGCAACAUGUGGCCCUGAGUGAGCGUGCGGGCACCACUGCCACCUUCUCCAUUGGCUCCACUGGCAUCGUAGUGUAUGACUACCAGCGGCUCCUGAUUGCCUACAAGCCAGCCCCGGGAACCUACUGCUACAUCAUGAAGAUGGCUCCAGAGAACAUCCCCAGCCUUGAGACUCUCACUAGAAAGCUCCAAAACCUCCAGGUCAAGCCUGCAGUGCCUCCCUCUAAACUGGGCCAGAAGGAAGUUCAUGACACUGGUUCCGAGCCCUCCAGAAACCUGGACUUCCUGGGCUCCACCUUGAGCACCCUCUGUGGGGAGGUGCCCCUCUACUACAUCUAGGACCCCUCAGAGCCUGCAGAAGUCCAAAAGGGACAGGAAAGAUCCAUGAGCAAAGGGUCUUUGGAAAACAGGCAGAAAGCUGCUCCUGCCACACCAUAGGGGCGAGCCCUGGAGAAAUGGGAGCUGUGGGGAGAGGUGGGAGCCAGCAGAGGAGAAGUUACUACUAGGGGUCAGGGGAUUCCUAUCA